CCGCUGCCAUGGUUGAAGCGGAUCGCCCGGGGAAGCUCUUCGUUGGGGGGCUCGACCUCGAAACCGACGAGAAAGGCCUCGAGGCCGCGUUUGGCAAGUAUGGCCGCAUCGUCGAGGUGCUCCUGAUGAAAGAUCGAGAAACCAGCAAGUCGAGGGGCUUCGCGUUCGUCACCUUCGAAAGCCCCGCAGACGCCAAGGCCGCCGUCAGAGACAUGAACGGCAAGUCCCUCGAUGGUAAGGCCAUAAAGGUGGCCCAGGCCACCAAACCGGCUUUUGAAAGCAGCCCGCGGGGCCCGCCGCCGCCGCCCCGCAGCCGUGGCCGCCUCAGGGCCCUGCGCGGAAGCCGCGGUGGUCCGCGGCGACCCCCUUCCCGGGGCGGGCCGGCCGACGACGGCGGCUCCGCAGGGGAUUUCGACCUGCGGCCCCCCAGGGCCCCGAUGCCCGCGAAGCGCGGGCCGCCGCCGCUGCCGCGCAGGGCGGGCCCGCCCCCCAAGAGGGCCGUGCCGUCGGGCCCGCCUCGCAGCGCCGGCGGCGGAAUGUGCGGGCGGGCCCGGGCCUCGCGCGGCCGAGAGGGCUAUGCCGGCCCGCCGCGCCGGGAGCCGCCCCCCCCGCGCCGCGACCACUACCCGGGCCCGCGGGAGGAGGGCUACUCGCCCCGAGCCGGCUACUCGAGUCGAGACUACCCGAGUGCCCGCGACCCUCGGGAGUUUGCCCCCUCGCCCAGAGAGUACACCUACCGCGAUUACGGCCACUCCGGCGCCCGCGACGACUCGCCAUCGAGAGGCUACGGCGACCGAGACGGUUACUGGGGCCGCGACCGGCACUAUGCGGAUCAUCCGAGUGGAGGCUCCUACCGAGACCCCUUCGAGAGCUACGGGGACCCGCGCAGCGCCGCCCCCGUGCGGGGGCCGCCGCCAUCUUACGGCCGUUACGAAGAGUACCGGGGCUGCUCGCCCGACGCCUACAGCUGUGACCGCGACGGUUAUGGCCGCGGCCGGAGCGACCGCUACUCCCGGGGCCGAGAGCGGGUGGGUAGAGCGGAUCGCGGGCUGCCCCCGUCCAUGGAAAGGGGAUGCCCUCCCCCGCGCGAUUCCUACAGCCGGUCAGGCCGCAGGGUGCCCAGGGGCGGAGGCCGCCUCGGAGGCCGCUUGGAGAGAGGGGGAGGCCGGAGCAGAUACUAAGUAGGAAGAAAAAUCCCUUUUCAAGCAAGCUAACAAAAAGAAGAACCUGGUCUAUGGUACCUACCCAAAGACUAGUACAAAGAAGAGUUGUUUUUACCUUUUAAGAAUUUCGUGUUAACUCCCUCUCUAUUUUUUUGC